AUGGGGUGGGGGAGGAGGAGGAGGAGGAGCAGGAGCAGCAGUAGCAGGAGCAGCAGCAGGAGCAGCAGCAGGAGGCAGAGCCCGGCCCUCCCUCCGAGCCCUGCGCGCGGCGACGAGUGGUGGUUCUGCCGCCUCGAGCGGGACACGCUCUUCCUGCCCGAGAACUUCCGGCUCCUCGUGAGGGCUGCCGGGCUGCGCGCCCGAGACCCGCACUACCUCGGCGCCCGGGAGUUCACCGAGGUCUUCCGCUUCGGCCUGGUCCUCAACGACGGCGGCCCCGGCGUCUGCCUGUCGUCCGCGGCGCUGCUGAGGCUGCACGCGGUGCUCCAGGCUGCGCCGACGCUCCCGCGGUCGCAGGACCCCGACUUCAGCCGCUGCGCCUUCGCGGCGGGGCACCACGAGGACCUGAUGCUGGCCGCCUGCCUGCGGCAGGCGGGGGUGCUCGCCAGCGAGGCGACGGCAGCUGCACCCUCGGGCCUGCGCCCUCCGCACCUCGCGUGCGGCGGGUGCCGCGCCGCAGCGCGGCCGCGGUGGCCGCCGAGGCCGCCGCUGCGGCCACGGCGACGGCGCCGAGGCGCAGCGGCCCCGCUGCCGCAGCGGCGCACUCGGUGA